AGUUCUAUUUGUACUUCCAUCAAGCGUGCAAGCAGUGUAUGGCAUUACGAACCAACCAAAUGCCAGUAUAAUCUCAGAAUUUGCAAUUUUUCUAAGCUAUUUGAAUGCAUUCAAUAUGGUUAUCAUAUUCAUUUGCCGGCAGAGAGAUGCGCGCUCUGCAGUUAUUGCGGCGUGGCGUAAAAUGCGUAAGAAGCAUAAAGACUCCGUGAAAAUACUCGUAAGCACAGCGGAUAUCUCACGUCAACCAACACUGCGAGCACAGAAGCAAACGUUUCAAACUCUGAGAGAAAAACGAAAGUCAACGCCAUUUUGA